CCAGUAGACUUAAGAAGAAGUGUGAAGGCUUGCCUUGUUAAGGUUAUUUGAACGUAGGUGCAUGUUUUCCAAUUAAAAAGAAAUGAACACUAAAAGUAAAACUGCAGAACGAAAUGGAACUAUAAAACACCAAACAAGUUCGGUUUGGAGUAGAGCUCUUACUUCCAAUUCGGAAUGGCCCGAUAAAGAAGAAUUUUUGGAUGUGAUUUAUUGGGCCAGACAAGUAAUAGGUAUAAUACUCGGUAUUGUUUGGGGAUUAAUUCCGUUGAAAGGAUUUUUGGGAUUGGUAUUAUUCGUAACGCUUAACGCCGCAAUAAUUUACGUGUAUUUCAGUAGUUUUCAAAAUGUGGACGAAGAGGAUUACGGCGGCGCUUGGGAACUCACGAAAGAAGGGUUUAUGACUUCUUUUGCGGGCUUUUUGGUUACAUGGAUCAUUAUAUAUUCAGGGCUUUAUGGAGAACCGGAAAUACUCUGAUAAAUAGAAUUUAGAAUUUUAAUGCUGCUGUAAAUAUUCCAUUAUGUAUAGUUCAUCAGUUUUUGUUAAUUUAUGUCAUCU